AUGUGGAGAGGGGGAUUUGGAGAGAGGGACCUGGAGAGGGGGAUGUGGAGAGGGGGACCUGGAGAGGGGGACCUGGAGAGGGGGCUGUGGAGAGGACCUGCUGAGGGGGACCUGGAGAGGGGCUGCAGAUGUGAAGGAUGGAAUGAGAGCGCCAGGACAAACUCUCCAGACACUGGGGAAAGAAUAGACAACACAGUAUUGUGCCUGGCAAUAUGCUGUCUGAAUUUGGAUGUCUAAGUAAAAAAACUGCCAAAAUAAUGUCUCUAUCGCAAAGGUGUUGAAUGGUAUGCUGCUAUGCGCCAACAUUGGCAAACCGCAAAUCCCUCCUUCACUCUCUCUCUCUCUGGCUCUAGUACUCCAACUUUAAUUCCAUUUCAGUUCUAGCUAUGUGAUUAUGCUGUCUGUUCUGGUCUUGAACGUUCACCAUGUCAGACACAAAAUGCUUUUCCACAGAAGAAUGUUCCGGACAAAGAAUUUGAAUUAGAAUCCAUUCUGAUUCUAUGGUUCCUGAUUAGUCAGUGUUCCGGUGACGUCAUCAGUCCACUAUCUCUCUGUUGUUCUCGCAACACUUUUCUCAUUACUGCAGUGUCCUCAUCAAGGCUAGGAAAUGUAAAACAAAUGACUAAUCUCAAGGAAAGUGUUAAAUCUGGAUUAUUCACACAUGGCUGAUUUUUUUGUCUGUCUAGGCCUCUCUCUACUUUCAAGGCUAAUAAGUGCAAUGAUAACACAAUAAGUUGGACUAAAGUGCAAGUAUUUCCUGUUUUUCUUUUCUCAUAGUUUUCCUGUGUUUGUAGAGGACUUUUCUGACAGUUAGCUACAAUACCUGAAAUCCCUCUAAAUAUUUUUCCUUAUCCAUGACAUUCAUUUGGAGUGCAUUUUUCGCUUGGCCACAACCACACCCUGUUGUGAUGUCAUAAUGCAUUAUUAGAAACUGGGUAGUUUGGGUCCUGGAUGCUGAUUGGCUGAAAACUGUGGUAUAUUUAAGCAAUAAGGCCCAAGGGGGUGUGGUGUAUGGUCAAUAUACCAUGACAAAGGGCUGUUCUUAUGCACAACGCAACCUGGAAACAGCCCUUAGCCGUGGUAUAUUGGCCAUAUACCACAAACCCCCUAAGGUGCCUUAUUGUUAUUAUAAACUGGUUACCAAUGUAAUUAGAGCAGUAAAAACUAAUGCUUUGUCGUACCCGUGGUAUACGGUCUGAUAUACCACGGCUGUCAGCCAAUCAGCAUUCAGGGCUCGAACCACCCAGUUUAUAACAGACAAUAUAUCAGGGGUAUGGCGCAAAAUUACUUGUUUAUUGUUCAAAUUAUGUUGGUAACCAGUUUAUAAUUGCAAUAAGGCUCCUCAAGGAUGUGUGGUAUAGGGCCAAUAUACCAAGGCUAAGGGCUGUAUCCAGGCACUCCGUGUUGCGUCAUGCAUAAGAACAGCCCUUAGCUGUGGUACAGUGAGGGAAAAAAGUAUUUGAUCCCCUGCUGAUUUUGUACGUUUGCCCACUGACAAAGAAAUGAUCAGUCUAUAAUUUUAAUGGUAGUUUUAUUUGAACAGUGAGAGACAGAAUAACAACAAAAAAAUCCAGGAAAACGCAUGUCAAAAAUGUUAUAAAUUGAUUUGCAUUUUAAUGAGGGAAAUAAGUAUUUGACCCCCUCUCAAUCAGAAAGAUUUCUGGCUCCCAGGUGUCUUUUAUACAGGUAACGAGCUGAGAUUAGGAGCACACUCUUAAAGGGAGUGCUCCUAAUCUCAGUUUGUUACCUGUAUAUCAGACACCUGUCCACAGAAGAAAUCAAUCAAUCAGAUUCCAAACUCUCCACCAUGGCCAAGACCAAAGAGCUCUCCAAGGAUGUCAGGGACAAGAUUGUAGACCUACACAAGGCUGGAAUGUGCUACAAGACCAUCGCCAAGCAGCUUGGUGAGAAGUUGACAACAGUUGGUGCGAUUAUUCGCAAAUGGAAGAAACAAAAAAUAACUGUCAAUCUCCCUCGGCCUGGGGCUCCAUGCAAGAUCUCACCUCGUGGAGUUGCAAUGAUAAUGAGAACGGUGAGGAAUCAGCCCAGAACUACACGGGAGGAUCUUGUCAAUGAUCUCAAGGCAGCUGGGACCAUAGUCACCAAGAAAACAAUUGGUAACACACUACUCUGUGAAGGACUGAAAUCCUGCAGCGCCCGCAAGGUCCCCCUGCUGAAGAAAGCACAUAUAAAUGCCCGUCUGAAGUUUACCAAUGAACAUCUGAAUGAUUCAGAGGAGAACUGGGUGAAAGUGUUGUGGUCAGAUGAGACCAAAAUGGAGCUCUUUGGCAUCAAUUCAACUCGCCGUGUUUGGAGGAGGAGGAAUGCUGCCUGUGACCCCAAGAACACCAUCCCCACCGUCAAACAUGGAGGUGGAAACAUUAUGCUUUGGGGGUGUUUUUCUGCUAAGGGGACAGGACAAUUUCACUGCAUCAAAGGGACGAUGGAUGGGGCCAUGUACCGUCAAAUCUUGGGUGAGAACCUCCUUCCCUCAGCCAGGGCAUUGAAAAUGGGUUGUGGAUGUGUAUUCCAGCAUGACAAUAACCCAAAACACACGGCCAAGUCAACAAAGGGGUGGCUCAAGAAGAAGCACAUUAAGGUCCUGGAGUGGCCUAGCCAGUCUCCAGACCUUAAUCCCAUAGAAAAUCAGUGGAGGGAGCUGAAGGUUCGAGUUGCCAAACGUCAGCCUCGAAACCUUAAUGACUUGGAGAAGAUCUGCAAAGAGGAGUGGGACAAAAUCCCUCCUGAGAUGUGUGCAAACCUGGUGGCCAACUACAAGAAACGUCUGACCUCUGUGAUUGCCAACAAGGGUUUUGCCACCAAGUACUAAGUUAUGUUUUGCAGAGGGGUCAAAUACUUAUUUCCUUCAUUAAAAUGCAAAUCAAUUUAUAACAUUUUUGACAUGCGUUUUUCUGGAUUGUUUUGUUGUUAUUCUGUCUCUCACUGUUCAAAUAAACCUACCAUUAAAAUUAUAGACUGAUCAUUUCUUUGCCAGUGGGCAAACGUACAAAAUCAGCAAGGGAUCAAAUACUUUUUUCCCUCACUGUAUAUUGGCCAUAUACCACACCCCCUCGGGCCUUAUUGCUUAAAUAUUCUCUUUCUACUCCAUUUUCCUUCCUGAUGAUGCCUUCCUAUCGAUAGUGACAUCGUCAGUCAUUCUAAAUGUGUGUUUCUCUGGGGAAUACCCCUGGUCCCACCAUACCACACACACACACACACACACACACACAAGUGCUCAAUGAAGUUUGAGAACCUAAUGGUGCUUUCAGCACACGACUCAUUUGUCAAUCCUAUCAGUGGCUCAGACCCAGUGGUAUUUACACUGGUACUGGUACUAGCUGCUUUAGUCUAGUAAUGAGCUCUCAUAGAGGGAGUCUCCCUAUUUCUUAUCAGUAAUGUAUCUGGAUGAACUACCCCUACAACAAGCAUGUAAUAAACAGUUUUAGUGACUAGGUAAGACCACUUGUUGUCGAGUGAAGAGUGAAAAUCUCCAAAAACCUAAAAUUGAAUGAUUUGGUGCCUCUAGGGCAUUUCAGACAGCAGAUUGUGGAAAUGUUUUAUGUAGAUUGUGUUUGUUUUCUAUGACUAUGUUUUGUAUCUCUGUUUUGCUUAUCAUAUUGUAUUGAUGUGUAUAUUUUAUAAUUACAGGGCUCACCUGGAAAAGAGACCUUGGUCUUAACAUGAUUUCCUGUCAAAAGAAAGGUUAAAUAAAUAAAUAAAAGAGUGCAGUGCUAACUCUGAGCCUUGGGCAUCUCAUAUCUCAUUUCAAUCACAUGUCCCCUUUUCUCACAUCCAGACCUUGAGGCUAGAAGUACUUGAGAUUUUCAGCCUUUCUUUCCUUUUUCGAGUGCCUUCACUAAUUCAACGUGGUCCUUCGAGCCAGAUAAUCAGUGACUGAUUCAGACCUGGGACACCAGUUGAGUGGACUUUCUGGCCAACCAGUGACAUCAAUCAAUUAAUUAAUUACCAGGUAAAAAAGACAACCAGCAGGGCACUCCAGACCUCCAGGCUGGGUUAUGAUUACCGCUGCCAUAUACAGUCCAUAUACUGUACAGUCCUUUGUCUAUCAUACAGUCCAUAUACAUCAUGCUUCAGCCUCAAUCUUAUUACCUUCCCUUCAACCUGUCUUCCUAUGUCCAGCCACGAGCCACGGGCCAAGCUAAAAAUCAAUAAGGUGGUUUUAAGAGCACACCAUCGCCAAAUCCUCCUUUGUCCGCCCUGCCAGAUCCCUGCGUAUCGUAUUCUUCAUUCACUCCCCUACUUUAUGAUCACUCGCCACCGCCAGACUAUCUUUAGCUGUUCCACGGGACGGCAUUAAAUAAAAACUCCCUCAAGGCGGAUCUUGAUUCGGUGAGGAGUGGUGAAGGGGCUUUAGUUUCUUGACUGAGUUAGAUUAGGGCCUUUAGGCAAUACAGUGACAGAAAGAAGAAGAGAUGUGAAAGACAUGUAUUUCUACUGUUUGUAGUAAAAGUGCUGAUUCCACAAUAGAGAGAGGAGCGUGGAAGUGUCCAGUUCACUGCAAUGGGAAAUAAUAACCAGUAAACACUAUAGAUUUAAAAAAUUUAAAUUUUAGUCAUUUAGCAGACGCUCUUAUCCAGAGCGACUUACAGUUAGUGAGUGCAUACAUUUUUCAUACUGAUCAGGGCUCUCCAACCCUGUUCCUGGAGAGCUACCAUCCUGUAGGUUUUCACUCUAACCCUAAUCUAGCACACCUGAUUUUAAUAAUUAGCUGGUUGGUAAACUGAAUCAGGUUAGUUACAACUGGGUUGGAGCAAAAACCUAAAGGAGGGUAGCUCUCCAGGAACAGGGUUGGAGAACCCUGCUAUAGAUUGUUAAUGAAAUGCAGGCACUGUCUUGUACUGCACUCAACAGAAUGACGUAAUUAAUAAUGGACAACACAGUGUACUUUUUGAUUCUUUUCAGCACUAUUUCCCCUUGGGGUCGCAGGUGAAUGGCCUGUGCUUCCUGGAUAUGUAAUGUUCUCUCUCUGUGUAUAUCCAUGUCUCAUACAAUAUGAAAAUGUAUGCACUCACUAACUGUAAGUCGCUCUGGAUAAGAGCGUCUGCUAAAUGACUAAAAUGUAAAAUGUAAAUACAGUAGACACCUUUGGUUAUAUGAAAAAUAAAUGGGAAAGUUUGUGAUGCUGCAUUGGGGCCUGCAUCUCCCAUUGACUCAAUAAAGUACUUGAAAAGCUAAAAACACAGGGGAGAGACUACUGUCAAGAUAACUACUUUUCCCUUUCCUUAUCUGGGUUCAUUCACACAUGCUAUUCUGCAAUCACACUCAUCCUUAUCCAACUGCCAUUUUUCUAUAAUAAACCAGUUUAAAUUAGUUUAGGUAUGCUGCUCUCAGGACAUGAAUGAUAAAAGUGAAUCAUCGUUACCCCAUUAUUACUGCAAAUUAAUUAAAACUUUCAGUACAAUUAAAAUGUCCCUGCCAAACAAGUUUAUGCUCUAAUUAUUUUAAUUCCAUAAUAGAUACACACCUAUUAAUUGCAGUUUUGGGCAUAAUGCCUUUGUGUGUGCCUCACUGAGAUAAAGAUGUGUGUGAAUGUGUGUGUGUGUGUGCAUUAUUCCUUGUUCUCUGUCUGUUUCAAGUGCAACACAGCUUCAGAUUCCUCUCUCUAUAUCUCUCCAUAUCGGCAAUUGUGCUCCCUCUCAUCAUGCAAAAAGCACUAAUUCAGACUUCAAUUAAGGCGAUGAUGAGUCUGGUUAAUGAGGUACAAAUAGGUGUUGCUUUUCUUAUGUCGUUGUUGUCGUGUGGGGCGGAGAGACAGAGAAACAGCCAGACAAACAAAGGCUUAAGUGUUUUUCACUUAACUUGUCGGGCGAUCCUGUCUGUCUGGCUGUUUCUCUGUCUCUCUCUCUCACUUUCUCUCCCCUUCUCUCGCUCUCUCGCUCUCCCCCCCCCUCCUCUCUUUCAGUCUGGCUGUUCACUGUAAAUUAUGACUGUACAGAAGACAGUGAAUUGACCUCUGAUCUCUCUCCCCUGUCAUGUCCCAGGCUGUCCCUAUCAUCUCCAUAGUUAGGAUACUGAGGACCAUGAAGACCCCUCUCUGGUCCCUGCUGCUGCUGUGUCUGUGUGUCCCGGGACACUGUAGUGAAUGCCAGGGGGACUGCCUGGCCUGUGGCCACAUCCUGCCGCAGGAGAUCAACUUCAACACACUGGUGAGGGUCUCUACAGCCUCCUGUUGUCAACUCUCUCUCUCUCUGCCUCUGUCUCUGCCCCAGCCAACAGCCAGCUCUGGCCUAUACACACUCUAUCCUACAGCCUUCUGUCCCUCAAUGUAUUUAUUCUCCAUUCCUGUUCCUAUCUCUGCCACAAUCAGUUCCUGCCCACAGAUAUCAAUGUCAAUACAGUAAGAGACCUCCUUGACUCUAUUGUGUCAACAGGGCCCUGACUGAAUCACACAGUCCUUAAAAGGUUGUUUGUCUGUGGGGCAAUAGAGCUAAUUCACUCAGGAGAUGUUGUUUUGACUUUAAAUGUCUGUGGCAAUCCAGUUAACUUAUGAAACCCACACACAAUAAACAGCAGCUGGUUGGCCCGCUGCCGCCGCCACCGGCAGAGAUCGAGUAAGUCACAAAGAGGUUGCCUAAGAGAGAGUGAGCAGGACCCCCCAUACAGAAACAGGCAUGCACGCACAGACGCAUCUACCAUACCGCUUACUCUGCGUACCCCUCCUCCUCUCCUUCCUCCUCCACGUCUCCCACCCCCCGUCCUUCUCCCCAACUACCCUUCCCUCCUCAAACUACUCUUCCUUCCUCAAACUACCCUUCCCUCCUCUAACUACCCUUCCCUCCUCAAACUACCCUUCCCUCCUCUAACUACCCUUCCCUCCUCUAACUACCCUUCCCUCCUCAAACUACCCUUCCCUCCUCAAACUACCCUUCCCUCCUCAAACUACCCUUCCUUCCUCUAACUACCCUUCCCUCCUCAAACUACCCUUCCCUCCUCUAACUACCCUUCCUUCCUCAAACUACCCUUCCCUCCUCAAACUACCCUUCCCUCCUCAAACUACCCUUCCCUCCUCUAACUACCCUUCCUUCCUCUAACUACCCUUCCCUCCUCAAACUACCCUUCCCUCCUCUAACUACCCUUCCUUCCUCAAACUACCCUUCCCUCCUCAAACUACCCUUCCCUCCUCAAACUACCCUUCCUUCCUCAAACUACCCUUCCUUCCUCAAACUACCCUUCCCUCCUCUAACUACCCUUCCUUCCUCAAACUACCCCCCCCUUUCUAUCUCCCUCCUUCAUCUCCUAUACUGUCGAUGAUCUCUGACUCAUAGUAUUAUGCCCUCCCAGCCUCCCGGCAUCUGGAUUUUAAUUUGCAUUGGCUAAUUGAUUCCUGAGGAUAGACGUGAGUGUUCUGCCCUCUCUCCAGUCUCUUCAUCUCAAUGCUUGUGGUUUAGUACACCACCGACCCCCCUCUCUUUGUCUAGUGGCUUCAGUGUAUUUUCGUAUGUGCUGUGGGGUAAAUAUGUUCCCCUCACUAUGAUCCAGUAAGUCAACUCUCCUGUUAAAGUUAAGUAUCUCCGAUUUUGUCCUUGAAGUAAAACAAUAGCUUUCUUCGAUAAGAAAAACAAUUAAUGUAUUAUCAAAAAAAUUAAUGUGAUAUCCAAUUCUAUAAUUCCAGGAUCCAUCAAUCCCUCUUUGCUUCCAAUCAUAUCGGGCAGGGUAUAUUUGUCUCUUUCUCUCUAGAGAAGUCAUCUCUCUGCAAGGUAUACUUGUCUCUUUCUCUCUAGAGAAGUCGUCUCUCUGCAGGGUAUACUUGUCUCUUUCUCUCUAGAGAAGUCAUCUCUCUGCAGGGUAUACUUGUCUAUUUCUCUCUAGAGAAGUCAUCUCUCUGCAGGGUAUACUUGUCUCUUUCUCUCUAGAGAAGUCGUCUCUAUGCAGGGUAUAUUUGUCUCUUUCUCUCUAGAGAAGUCGUCUCUCUGCAGGGUAUAUUUGUCUCUUUCUCUCUAGAGAAGUCAUCUCUCUGCAGGGUAUACUUGUCUCUUUCUCUCUAGAGAAGUCAUCUCUCUGCAGGGUAUACUUGUCUCUUUCUCUCUAGAGAAGUCAUCUCUCUGCAGGGUAUACUUGUCUCUUUCUCUCUAGAGAAGUCAUCUCUCUGCAGGGUAUAUUUGUCUCUUUCUCUCUAGAGAAGUCGUCUCUCUGCAGGGUUUAUUUGUCUCUUUCUCUCUAGAGAAGUCAUCUCUAUGCAGGGUAUACUUGUCUCUUUCUCUCUAGAGAAGUCGUCUCUCUGCAAGGUAUACUGUACACCUCUCUCUUCAGUUUGUCCUUGAACCAGAACCAUACUUAAGUCGAACUGAAUGCAUUUUGAGAUGAGGAUAAUGUGUGUGUGUGUGUGCGUUGAUAUCAGGUUCAGCUCAGACUUGGGGCAUCUCCACUGAGAGACUCCAAGACGAGACUGUGAUGCAUUCAGAGAAACCCUCUGACGGAUUCUAGAUAUACAAAUCACAUAGUAAUCUCUUGCUCUGUUGGGACUGUGAGCCAUAUGGAAAUAUCUUGUUCUGUUCCACGGGGAUGCUGGCCCAUGUUGACUUCAAUGCUUCCCACAGUUGUGCCAAGUUGGCUGGAUGUCCUUUGGGUGGUGGACUAUUCUUGAUGCACAUGGGAAACUAGAGCAACGCCCUAUCAUGGACAGCCCUCUUCCCAUUUUAGCAACCAUUGAGUCUAUAUUUUUUGACCAUGACAGCUUGCUAUCUAGGGUUACACCCAGCAGUUUAGUGUCCUUAACUUGCUCAAUAACCACAUUUUUCAAUAAUAUAUCUAAGCCAGGCUUAGCGUUGAGUGAGUAAUUUGUCCAAAAAUUAUGCUUUUAGUUUUUGAGAUAUUUAGCACCAGCCUGUUGCUAGUUGCCCAUUCUAAAACUGACUGGAGCUCUAUGUUAAGUGUCUCAGUUAUUUAUUUUACUGUUGCAUCCGAUGUGUAUACUGUUGCGUCGUCAUCGUACAUAGACACACAGGCUUUAUUCAAGGUCAUUAGUAAAAACAGAAAACAAUAAUGGCCCUAGCCGGCUGCCCUGCAGUACACCACACUCAACUGAAUUUGCAUGAGAGAGGCUUACAUUAAUGAAAACCCUUUGUGUUCUAUUAGAUAAGUAACUCUCAAUCCAUAAUAAGGCAGAGGAUGCAAAUCCAUAACACCUAAGUCUUUUCAGCAAUAGGUUAUGAUCAAUGACAUCAAAAGCUGCACCGAAGUCUAACAAAACAGCUCCACAAUCUUCUAACUAUCAAUUUAUUUCAGCCAAUCAUCAGUCAUUUGUGUCAGUGCCGAGCAUGUUGAGUGCCCUUCCCUAUAAGCAUGCUGAAAGUCUGUUGUUAAUUUGUUUUCUGUAAAAUAACUUUGUAUUUGAUAAAACACAUUUUUUCCCCAAAGGUUUGCUAAGCACUUGUAACCAUUAAACCAUUAAAGGGUGCUCUGCUAUUCUUUGGUAGCAGAAUGACCUUUGACUCCCCAUGUCUGAGGGCACACACCGUCUUCUUGGCUUAAAUUGAAGAUGUGGCAAACAGGAGUCACAAUGUAUUCCGCUACCAAAAUCAGCAAUUUACCAUCCAGUUUGUCAGAACCAGGUGGUUUGUCCUUAUUUAUAGAUAGCAACAAUUGUUUCACCUCUUCAACCUAUUUACUAUUCCCUUUGCCUCAACCCUCUCAAACAUACAGUUUUUCCAUUCAUCAUCUAUCCACAGAGUUCUAACAGUCAGUUUCUUGAUGGGUGCAUGCCUAUCAGUAACUGGAAGAAGCAGUUUCAUAAAUGAUUAAAGUGCAGCGUCCGGAUGUUCCUCAUUACACACAUCAGAACAACAAUUAUUUUUCACAUCUUCAACAUCCAAACCUCUUGUAUGAUCGUUUAUACACCAUUUUAGGUCCAGCCUUUGGAACUUUGGUUUUUCUAGAUAUGGCUAUUAUAUUAUGAUCACUACAUCUGAUGGGUGUGGAUACAGCUUUAGAGCAGAUUUCUGCAACAUUAGUAAAGAUGUGAUCAAUACACGUGGAUGAUUUAGUUCCUGUUCUGUUUGUAAAUGCCCUAGUAGGUUGACUGAUGACUUGAACCAGAUUGCAGGCACUGGUUACAGCUUGGAGCUUGUUUUUGAGUGUGCAGCUUGAUGACAACCAGUCAAUAUUUAGGUCAACCAGAAAAUAUACCUCUCUGUUGAUAUCACAUACAUUAUCCAACAUUUCACACAUAGUCAAAAUACUGACUUUUAUCACUUGGUGGUCUAUAGCAACUUCCUACGAGAAUAGGCUUUAGGUGAGGCAGAUGAACCUGUAGCCAUUUUACUUCCACAUCAUCUGACAUGAGAUCCUCUCUCAGCCUAACAGGAAUAUUACUCUGGACAUACAUGGCAACCCCUCCUCUAUUUGCAUUUGUAUCUUUCCUAUAUAUUAUUUAACCAUGUAUAGGUACUAAUACAUCAUCAAAGGAAUUAUCUGGAGUGUGUUUCAGAGAUGGCCAGAAUAUGAAUGUUUUCUGAUGUUAAGAAGUUGUCAAUUUCAUGAACCUUGUUUCUCAGGCCAUAUGUUAAUAUGGGCUAUUUUUAGUCCUUUUCUGGGUUGCUUGUUUGUUUUUAGUGCUAUUCUGAGAGGCUGAUCCGAGGUAGACAUGUCAGUGCAAACAGUGGAAUUCAAAUCUAUGUGCAUAUGAUUAUUGCAGACAAUACCCUCGGAGCUAACAGUUAAAGGAACAUAGAUUUGGUUACUUACAUGGACUGCACUUCUAUUUCUCUGGGAUAUUAUAUGAUUUCCAUGUCCUCUGUUGCUUAUUAGGGGGAGACAGGGAGGACUGGAGCGCUACCAAACCCAGGCCGUCAGUCUCUUAAGCCGUUCGCUAUGUUGGAGAUAAUCCUGGAACCCCUGCGGUUAGGGUGAAUCGCAUCUUUUAAAGAGUGUUGGUUGCUCCCAGAACAAGUCAAAAUUGUCACAAAAGGAGACAUUCCUGUCUUUGCAGAGAUUCUUCAGGAACUUGUUUAGGGCAGCAAGGUGGCUGUAAUGUUCCGAACCCCUUCUAUAGCACGGCAGGGGGCUAGAGAUGACUGUUCUCUUCCCUGUGCAAACAAGGGUGUUCAAGAGAAUGUUGUAGUCCUUCUGCAGUUCCUCAGAUUGCCGAAAGCGAAUGUCUUUAAAUCCAACGUGAGUUACAAUGGUGCCAAUAUUAGAGUAGUUGGCUAGAACUGUGGGCAGGAGGGAGUUGAUGUCUUGGACACGGGCGCCUGGGUGACAGUGGAGCUUGGUCGGCCAACAGGCCGCAAGCAGGCCAAAAUCUCUCACCAUCGAGCUGCCCACGACGAUGGUGGUCGUGAUGGAAUCCGAUAGGGAAGGAAGAGGGGGAACAGAACGGGCCUGCCUCGGGCAGGGGGGAGGAGGUGUGCUUCGACUCAUGCCAGCCUGACUCACCGCACAUCUACCAGUAGCAGCGGAUGGCGUCAGAAUCCUCGGGGAGAUGGAGGAGGGCCCAAGACCUUGUUUCCUCUGGUCAGCGACCGGCUGAGCUGUGGAGGGUGCCUCUGGAAGGCUGCUGGCUGUUGGUGUACUCCAAGGAUCAGAGUUGACUCCCGGCGCCGGUAUGUCCGCCUCCAGCGAGGCAAAGCUGUUUAAUAGCUGGAACUGAUCUUCUAGGAUAUAUGGAGGCUGGCCAGACUGCCUCCCACCCGACCUCCUUCGCCUUGCCAGUGUCCAGUCUCCCACUGGCCGCGGCGUUGAGCUUACCAUCUGUCCAGUGGAUUGGAGCAGGUCAGUACCGCCUGACUCAUCGACCCUUUGGCUGUAGGAGGCAUUCAGAACUGAAAUUAUGUGUGCCUGGGCUGCAUCAAAGUACUUAGAAAGCACAUCUUGUUUUUCCCACAGCUGAGCUAGCAGCCGGAGAAUCUCUUCCCUAAACUGCUUGAUGAUGAUACAUUUGUAACAGACAAAUAUUUUAUGUUCAUUUAUCAGUUCCACCUUAUUUUCCUCCUCUUGCGUAGCUAUCAUCUUGCACCUAGCGCAUUUAUGAUCUAUUGGAUUGAGGUCUGGGGACUGGGCAGGCCGCUCAAGUAAACUGAACUUGCUGACAUGUUCCAGGCAAUGCUUUUCCACUGCUCAAUUGUCCAGUGUUGGUGAUCACAUGUCCACUGGAGCCGCUUCUUCUUGUUUUUAACUGAUAGGAGUGGUCGUCUGCUGCAAUUGCCCAUCCGUGACAAGGUUUGAGGAGUUGUGUGUUCCGAGAUGCCGUUCUGCACACCACUGUGGUACUGCACCGUUAUUUGUCUGUUUGUGGCCCUCUGUUAGCUUGCACGAUUCUUGCCAUUCUCCUUCAACCACUCUCAUCAACGAGCUGUUUUCGCUCACAGGACUACCGCUGACUGGAUGUUUUUUGUUUGUCGCACCAUUCUCGGUAAACCCUAGACACUGUUGUGCGUGAAAUGCCCAAUAAUCAAUGAACAGCAGCGUAAUGGUAGAAAUAAAUCAAACCAAUUAUCAUUAUAGCAGCAGCGUAGGUAUGAGGGGUGUCUAUGUUUUGGUGUAAGUGUGUGAGUGAAGGUUUAUGUGAGUAUGUGUGUGCGUUUGAGUGAGUAACAGUGAAGUUGCCAGAGUGGAUGGGCAUAGAGUCAGAGUGGAUGGGCAGAGAGUCAUAGUGGAUGGGCAUAGAGUCAGAGUGGAUGGGCAGAGAGUCAGAGUGGAUGGGCAUAGAGUCAGUGUGGAUGGGCAGAGAGUCAGUGUGGAUGGGCAGAGAGUCAGUGUGGAUGGGCAUAGAGUCAGAGUGGAUGGGCAGAGAGUCAUAAUGGAUGGACAUAGAGUCAGAGUGGAUGGACAUAGAGUCAGAGUGGAUGGGCAGUGAGUCAGUGUGGAUGGGCAGAGAGUCAGUGUGGAUGGGCAUAGAGUCAGAGUGGAUAGUCUGUGGGAUUGCUGCUCUCUAACGGCCAUGUGCUCUGUGUUUCCCUCCCCCUCUCCUCUCAGGUGUGUCUGGUGGAGUGUGAGGGUAACGUCUCCCCUGCCUUCACUUGGGACCUGUGCCGCAAGGCCUCAGCGUCCCCACAGUUACCCUCCAUGUCCAUAGGGGGCGCUGCCAUGCUGAAGCGGGCCCAGGAGGAGGUGGAGGCCAUGCUGCCAGAGGAAGAAGAGCAGCAGGGGGAUGGGGGGCUGAUGUACCCAGUAGCCUUGCAGAGGUUUGACCACGUGGUCCGUGCUCUGGGCAUAGACGAGCUGGGCAGUGACAGCUGGCUAACCGCUGAUGCCUACAACUCCCAGCUGCCCCAGGAAAUGCAGGAAAGGGAUGAGGAAGUUGGGGAUGAGGAAGAGAGGGAGAACGCGAUGGAGAGAGAGCAGGACGGAGCGGCGGGGAUAAGUCUGUCAAAGCGCUUCGGGGGGUUCCUGAAGGGAAGGCAUGGCUACAGGAAGUUGAUGGGCCCCGGGAGGCCCUUGCAGAAGCGCUAUGGCGGGUUCAUAGGCGUCCGGAAAUCUGCCCGCAAGUGGAACAACCAGAAACGGUUCAGUGAGUUCCUGAAGCAGUACCUGGGCAUGAGCACCCGAGCUAGCAAAUCCUACAACAGCGUCUCCGCUGACAUCACCCAACAGAACAAGGUGUAG